UAUUGCUGAGACUAGAUGUACAGCCAAUCAUAUCACAUUAAUAUAAUAAUCGCAAUCGGCUCCACUUCGUUGUGUUCUGUGCCUGUUCUACUUGCGUGAGUUAAUUAAACUUCUGCGGCCGGAAAAUUAGUAUUUAUAAUUCUCAAAUAUAAUUCAAUUGAAAGGAGAGAACUGCUGAAUCAAUAGAGGAACAAAUUACAAACCUGUGCGGUCUUAUACCGCAUUACCUGGAUUAAAUCUCACGUCUUUAAAAAAUCCAAGCACCUGGCAACCCUUGUACAUGUGUUUUUUAACAACAUUUUGUGGACUGGCCACUACACAGCCAACUUGAAAGGUUGAAGCUAGAAUCAGACUAAUAAAAUGGCCAGUGAAAACACAGCUUCGUUGCUACAGCCGCAAGAGUCGGUACCAAAGCGCAAGAUGUCAGGGGGAGGCACAACCGGCCCACUGCUGUACGCCGUCUCCGCGGCCGUACUCGGAAUGCUCCAGUUCGGAUUCAAUACGGGGGUAAUUAACGCACCGAGAGAGUUCAUCGAAAACUUCAUAAAGAAAAACAAUGACGUUAACUCUGGCACCGUUUUCGGCGUUAUCGUCAGUAUAUUCGCUAUCGGUGGAAUGAUUGGAUGCCCACUAGCCAGUUGGGUCGCCGACAAACGUGGUCGAAAAUUCGCUCUGCUAGCGAAUGCAGCCUUUGGCGUGAUUGGAGCAGUUUUCAUGGGCUUCAGCAAAGUGGCGUCAUCGCUGACAAUGUUGAUUAUCGGCAGAUUUCUAAUCGGUAUCAACUGUGGUUUCGCGACAACCGCUUCCCCAACUUACGUGUCAGAGAUUGCACCUGUGAGAUUACGUGGCGCGUUCGGAACUGUUAACCAGCUGGCUGUGGCUAUCGGGUUAGUUGGAGGACAGAUUUUGGGUAUCGAUUCGGUACUGGGGAGCGACAACGGUUGGCCCUGGCUUCUAGGUUUGGCCAUUGUACCAUCGGCAGCGCAAUGCGUGAUGAUACCAUUUGCACCAGAAUCUCCGCGGUACCUUUUACUAGUCCAGCGCGAUGAGGAACAAGCGCGUCGAGUACUAACCAAUAUCCGAGGAACAUCUGAAAUUGAUGAAGAAGUCAAGGACAUGCACGAUGAGUAUCACGCGGAGCAGCAGGAGGAGAAAUUCACAAUUUUAGACCUAAUCCGCAUUGAGUCCCUACGUGCACCUUUAAUUAUUGGUAUCGUAAUGCACCUAUCGCAACAGCUCGGAGGGAUCAAUGCCGUACUAUAUUACUCGUCCACAAUUUUCAUUAACACUGGCCUUUCUGAACGAGAUGCGCGAUUAGCUUCCAUCGGUGUCGGAAGCAUGUUGUUGCUCAUGGCUUUAGUGUCGAUACCACUUAUAGAUCGCCUCGGCAGAAGAACCCUGCAGCUGACCGGGCUCGGUGGCAUGGCUGUAUUUUCCGUACUGAUGACGAUAGCAUUCUUCACGUACGAAAAUAAUGCAACAAUGAGUGUGUUUGCUGUUUUGUUCACGCUAUUUUAUGUUGGAUUCUUUGGUGUCGGUCCCAGCUCUAUCCCUUGGAUGAUUUUGUCAGAGUUGUUCGGCCAGGGGGCUCGAAGUGCCGCCGUCAGUAUCGGGGCCCUUAUCAACUGGUUCGCGAACUUCAUCGUUGGACUUACAUUCAUUCCUUUGUCAGAAUUGUUAGGGAAUUAUGUGUUCUUACCUUACACGGUACUUUUGAUACUAUUUUUCGCGUUCACUUAUUUGAAAUUACCUGAAACCAAAAAUAAGACUAUCGAAGCAGUGACGGCUCUGUUCAAAAAAUAGUUUUAUAUGUAAUGAUUAAACUUAAGAAACAUUCCUUACAGCAGUAAGCAUACCUAAUAACGCAAUAUGCGAUCGCUACAAAUUGUGAUAGUUACUGUAUUAUUUCGUUUUAUUGUAAACAUUUGAGACAACUUUUGUAGGACCUUGUAUUUACUCUCCGAAAUCGUUUGUCUUCGAUUUCGUAUUCAAGCUAGGAAGACUGAAACCUUACGUACGUUAAAUCUAUUUUAUUAUUAUAACCAUGUACUUAUUAACUUGGAAUGGACUAUAAUAAAUGAAACGUUAUAUUUUAGGGGAACUAUAUAA